CAGCGUUUCAGUGCCUCAUUCUCCCUCAAUCCCCCUUCGUUUUGGUUUGAAUGCGUACUUGCUCUUCCAUCAUUCCGAGUUUCGCCGUUCAAUGUAGUUCGUUGCUAGCCUGAGGAGAGCUAGUCCUUGGAAAACAGGUUUUCCAUAAUGUCUACUAAUUCUGGCCACAUCGAUUUAAAUACCGAUGCCAUUUUCGUUGAUCGGCAAGAUGAAGUUGCUGGGUUUGAUUCAUCAGAAACGAAUGCCAGUGUCGUUGUCCCUGCGUCUGUUGAUAACGAGGUUAAAGUCCGAGAUCAUGAGUUUUGCGGGGUUGGAGAUGGUCGAGGGGCCAAUGAGUCGGUGAAGCCGGUUAAUGGUGAAAUGUCUUGUGGAACCGAGCGAGAGGGUUUUGAUGAAGAUACUGAACUCGUGUGUAGAGCGAAUGAUAUGGAGGCAGGGGCAGAACUUGUUGAUGAAGUUAUCAGAACUGAUAAAGUCUUGGAUGCUGAAUUGAACUAUGGCGUUGUGAAUGAGCUGGAGUAUGGGUACAAGAGUGGAGUUACUGAAAAUGGCUCAACUAGCAUUGAAUUGAAAUUAAAUAAAGAGGUUCAAGGAGAGGAGAACAAGAUCGUGUGCCGUAAUGCGGACCAAAAUGCUAAAGAAGAUUUUAGCGAUGAACGGAACGGAAGCGGGCGGAAGUGUCACGUUCAUGAGUUAACAGGCCAGGGAGCCAUCACUGUUAUGGGAGAUGAGAGCGAUGUCAAAGCUGCUGAUGAUAAGGUUUCUAUGGAUGGUCCUAAAGAUCAAUGUGCCUCAAGAACUGCAGAAUCUGUCUACCAACCGCUGGAUGGCAUUCUACAUAUGAAGGCCAAGGGCGUUAAUUUCAACGAAUCUUUGCCUAAUGAAUUCCCAAUUUCAAGGAAGCAUCUUUGUCGGGUAGAGACUUCGUAUCCUUUGAAACUGCAGAAUCUGACAGAGGCAUCGCCUUUGGGAAGUAUUCAAAACGAGUGCCAUGGUCUUGAUCUGGUUGUAGAUUUUAAUUCAUGCAGAAAGGCUGUGGAGGUUGACAUGAAUAUGAAAUCGAUAUCUACAGAAUUGAAUUUCCGUGAGUCUGAUUUAGUUUGGGGAAAGGUGAUGGGUCAUCCGUGGUGGCCUGGCCAGAUUUUUGAUCCUUCAGCUGCAUCGGACAAGGCAAAGAGGCAUUUUAAGAAAGAAAGUUAUCUGAUAGCAUAUUUUGGGGAUCUAACAUUCGCUUGGAACGAUGCAUCAAAGAUAAAGCCAUUUCAAAUGUAUUUCUCACAAAUGCAGAAACAGAGCAAUUUGGACAACUUUUAUCAUGCUGUUGAUUGUGCAUUGGAUGAGGUCUCAAGACGAGUUGAGUUUGGCUUAUCCUGCCCCUGCACGCCUGAAGUGUUUACCAAUCUUAAAACCCAAACAAUUACUAACGCUGGAAUCCAGGAACACUCAAGCAGAAGAGAUGGAGGAGACAGGUUUCUGAAUGCAAUCACUUUUGAACCCAAGAAACUUGUGAACUUUGUUAAAUCAUUAGCGGAGGCACCACUUGUUGAAUUCGAUAUGUUGGAUUUUGCAAUAGCACGUGCCCAAUUGUUGGCCUUCCAACAUUCAAAGGGUUAUUCUCAACUGUAUGAGCUUUUAGUGAAUGAUGCGUUGUUCAAAAAUGAUAUUGAAAUUAUACCCAUGAACGUGGAGGAGGAAGGGCAAUAUGAUUUUCAAAUUGAUAACCAAGGAUUGGAAACUGAUACUGGCUACUCACACAAGCGUAAGCACUUCUCUAAAAGAGAUUGCGUCUGGCCCUGCAAGAAACAAAAACGUUUGUCUGAUUUAAUGUCUGAGAAGUGUUUGCAUCUCCCAAAUGACGAACAUAUUUUAGGUGGGAAAGCUGAUGGUGACGAGUCAAUUCUGCACUCUUCUACCUCGAAGCAAAAGGCAUUUGAGAACACUCCUGAUGACUAUUGUUAUAAAUCCCAAAAUAUAAAGCUGAUCCAAUUGCACAAAGUUUCUGCAGAUGAGAUGUGGUCGCAACUUCGCUUGGCUGCUACAGAUCCCACAAGAGAUGGUUGCUUAACUGUUAUGGUGAAGUUUUUUGCAGAAUUCAGAAACUUCACUAGUCCACAUAAUUCCUCGUCAGUGGAGCUCUGCAAUGAUUCUUACUGGACUGACAGAAUUAUUCAGAGUAUUCCUGAAGAGCAAUCACCGUUAAAGAAUCAGAAUAAGAGGGAAGAGUUUCUGCCCGUGAAUCCAACUGAAGGGGGUUCUCCAUCCCUCAAACUGCAAGCAGCUGCUGCUGAUGGGAAGGAACAGUUUGAUGAUAGCUCUAAGGGAGAUACCCGCCCAGCAGCCCUGAUUCUUGAAUUUACAAACUUGGAUUCUAUUCCUUCAAAAACAAGCCUCAACAAAAUUUUUGGCCGCUUUGGACCCUUGAUCGAAUCGCAGACUGAACUGUUAAAGAAAAGUAGACGUGCCAGAUUGGUUUUCGAAAGACUUUCUGAUGCAGAAACCGCUUUCAGCAGCGCUGGGAAAUAUAGCAUUUUUGGACCUUCGCUUUUUAGAUACCACCUCAAGGUUAUGCCUUCAUCAUCCAAAGCCCCUGUUACUGCAGGAAAGCGAGGCAGGAAAAGAAGUUCUGGGGAAGGCGGUGAACUCUAGUGCCUUAGCAUAGAUUGCUCCAACCUUAGAUAUGACUUUAACGCUAGGUGUUUUCUUUGUCGAUAUGGUGGUUCUUAUUUUGAGUCUUUUGCUAAGCUAACGCGUUAGCAUGCUAAUACGUAGGGGUGACAGCAGCCUGACUAAUUGAUGACGUAGAAAUCGCCGGGGAUAGGAUGAAGCCGAUAUAAUUAAGAAUGGUCCAUGCUCUAGUAAGUAUUACCUGAUAUGAGGGAAAUUUUGAGGUUCAAGCUGAUAGGACAGUUUCAACGCUUACUGAAAAUCAAUGCACAUACGUUGCUGUAAUUAUCAGGUUUAUGGUAUGAAAACCAAUGGCUUUGAAUCCCCUGAUUACUUUAUU